UCGCAUGGCUUUGUUGAUGACAGACCACCACAAGCUUGCCUUUGGUUGUGCCUAACUGGGAGAGAGAGAGAGACAGACCGAUAGCCUCCUCAUUCACUAUGGCGAUCCGAUCGCCAGCUUCGCUGCUGUUAUUUGCGUUUCUGAUGCUUGCGCUCACAGGAAGACUGCAGGCCGGGCGCAGCUCGUGCAUUGGCGUCUACUGGGGACAAAACACAGACGAGGGAAGCUUAGCAGAUGCUUGUGCCACAGGCAACUACGAAUACGUGAACAUCGCCACCCUUUUCAAGUUUGGCAUGGGCCAAACUCCAGAGAUCAACCUCGCCGGCCACUGUGACCCUCGGAACAACGGCUGCGCGCGCUUAAGCAGCGAAAUCCAGUCCUGCCAGGAG